AAAUACAGCAAGGCAGGAGGGGAAGAAGUUAGUACAUAUCGGGAAGCUCAGCUAAAGCACUAAGACGCGACUCAGGCCGUCUUGCGGCGGCCGCUCACUUCCGCCUAGGCCUUGUCUCUGCGCCACACCCGCCGCCGGGUGGCUGGAGGCGGAGGAAGGGGUCGGGCGCCGGCUUCCUCGUCGCAGCCUUUUCGGGGCGGAGAAGCGGCCUCCGCCUCCCCGGAGCCUCCCGCUGCCUCGCUCGAGCGACCCUCGGAGGAAGCGGGUCGGGGUCGGGGAUGACCCAGGCGGAGAAAGGGGAAGCGGCGGCGGCGGAGAAUGGGAAGGACAAGGAGCGCGACAAGGAGAAGGAGCAGCGCGGCGCCAAGAGGCCCAUCGUGCCUGCCGCCGUGCCGGACUCCCUGCAGGAGCAAAUACAGAGCAACUUCAUUGUUGUGAUACAUCCUGGCUCAAUGACUUUAAGGAUUGGAAGAGCUACAGACACACUUCCUAUUGGCAUUCCUCACGUCAUUGCAAGAAGGCACAAGCAGCAAGGGCAACCCACAUACAAAGACAGUUGGCUUCUAAGGGAAGGACUCAAUAAACCUGAAAGUACUGAACAAAGACAGAAUGGUCUUAAAAUGGUUGACCAAGCAAUAUGGUCCAAAAAGAUGUCAAAUGGUGCCAGACGUAUACCAGUAUCACCUGAUCAGGCCCGAUCUUACAAUAGGCAGAUGAGACCUGCUAUUUUAGAUCAUAGCUCUGGAACAAAAUGGACAAACACUUCCCAUCAUCCCGAAUAUGUCAUUGGAGAAGAGGCAUUAUAUGUUAACCCUAUGGACUGUUACAAUGUUCAUUGGCCUGUUCAUCGAGGGCAGUUGAACCUUCACUCAGGGCCAAGUGGUUCCCUUACUGCAGUCCUAGCUGAUCUUGAAGUUAUAUGGUCGCAUGCAAUACAGAAGUAUUUAGAAAUACCGCUAAAGGAUUUGAAGUAUUACAGGUGUAUUUUGCUAAUACCAGACAUCUAUAACAAGCAGCAUGUGAAAGAAAUAGUAAAUAUGAUCCUAAUGAAGAUGGGAUUCUCAGGCAUAGUGGUCCAUCAGGAAUCUGUCUGUGCUACUUUUGGAAGUGGUUUAGGUAGUGCAUGCGUCGUUGACGUGGGGGAUCAAAAGACAAGUGUCUGCUGUGUCGAAGACGGUGUUUCGCAUCGUAACACCAGGUUAUGCCUUGCAUAUGGAGGUUCUGAUGUGUCAAGAUGCUUUUAUUGGCUUAUGCAGCGAGCUGGGUUCCCUUACAGAGACUGCCAACUAGCUAAAAAGACAGAUUGCCUUCUCCUGCAGCACUUAAAAGAAACAUUUUGCCAUUUAGACCAGGAUUUAUCUGGACUAAAAGAUCAUGAGUUUCAAGUCCGUCACCCAGAUUCUCCAGCUUUGCUGUAUCAGUUGCGCUUGGGAGAUGAAAAGUUACAGGCUCCCAUGGCAUUAUUUUAUCCAGCAACCUUUGGAAUUGUGGGGCAGAAGAUGACAUCUUUGCAGCAACGAUCACAAGGUGAUCCUGAGGACCCGCAUGAUGAACAUUAUCUCUUAGCUACACAAAGUAAGCAGGAGCAGUCUUCGAAAGCAACAGCCGACAGGAAGUCGAUUUCCAAGCCUAGUGGAUUUGAGGGGGAUCUGCGUGGCCAAUCUGCAAGCGUUGCUGAAAAUCUCUAUCCUCCAGAAGUCGAGAUUGGCACUUCGCACGGUGACUGCAUUAUGGGUGGAAAUGAGUCUGAAGAACCCCUUACAGCUCACAUGUCCAGGAAAACUGCUGUAUCUCAGUUUGAAGGGAAAGCGUUGGGCCUUGACAAAGCAAUCUUGCACAGUAUUGAUUGCUGUGCAUCUGACGAUACCAAAAAGAAAAUGUACAGUUCCAUCCUGGUUGUAGGAGGCGGUCUGAUGUUCCACAAAGCCCAAGAGUUCCUUCAGCACAGAAUUCUCAACAAAAUGCCUCCUUCUUUCAGGAGAGUUGUUGAAAACGUAGAAGUUAUUACAAGACCAAAGGACAUGGAUCCUCGUUUGAUAGCAUGGAAAGGGGGUGCUGUUCUAGCCUGCCUGGAUACAACACAGGAGCUCUGGAUAUAUCAACGAGAAUGGCAGCGAUUUGGUGUCCGUAUGUUACGCGAAAGAGCUGCUUUUGUCUGGUGAUCUUGUGCAAUAUUUAGAUAGGAUAAAAUGCUGAGUAUUACUUUUUCCUCUUUAUAGCCCUGACAUUUGUGUUUUUAAUAAAAUCCAUAUAAAAAGAAUCAUUUUUCUUC